CCUGCAUCUCCCACUAUCAAGGUUCCCAAUUUCCACCCCCGCCAUUCACAGUUUCGAGCAAACACGGGAGAUUUCGACCAUUCCGAGACGGCCACAGCGACAAAGAACACAACAGACGGAACAAGAAGAAGGAUACGAAUAGACGCUCAACCGUCCGCGUCACCAAGAACACGGCGAUUUAAUUAAGCCCAUCAAACAGAAUGGGCGUCCACUCCAUCUCCAGCUCCAAGUCCUGAGGACAGCAUCACCACCACCACCACCACCACCACCACCACCACCCCAAGUCAGCAGCAGUCGUCAUGUCACUCAUCCCAUACCAUCCCCGCGAAGGGCGUGAGAUUGUGCUCCGCCAUCGCAAUGCCAUUGUUGUCCGCGAUCCCCUCACGCAGCGCCUCGAGAUCCGCGGCCUCCAGCUUCACGAAUGCCCCACCUGUCACCAGCCCCUGCGAACCUCUCCCGAGAGUCAUGUCGACGAUGAUUCGGACCGUCGCGAGUCCUACGUCGACCCCGACUACUUCCGUAUGUUGCGCGACGGCCACAACGGCCAGACUUCGUCCAACCCACGCCCGCCCUCGAGCCCCAUCCGCCGCUUGGUCCGUCCGGUCCCUGCCAUAGACGAUCGUGGAAACGAAGUGGGCGUACAGAAUGCCGAAUUCGUCAGCAGCGAGCCUGUGCCCUCCGAGACCACCCGCAUCAAGAAGGAGGCUUUUGCCCCAAACUACUUUGAAACCUUUUUCCACGAGGAGCGUACCCUCGGCCGCGGUGGCAAGGGCGUCGUUAUGCUUGUGCGCCAUGAGAUCGACGGUUGCAACUUGGGUCACUUUGCAUGCAAGCGCGUGCCCGUGGGCGAUGACCACGCCUGGCUGGGCAAGGUGCUUGUCGAAGUCGAGUUGCUCGCCAAACUGUCGCAUCCAAACCUGGUUUCGUACCGCUUCUCGUGGGUCGAGGAUGUCAAGAUCAACAAGUUCGGCCCCAAGGUCGCAUGUGCCUUCAUUCUCCAGCAGUACUGCAACGGCGGCGAUCUGCAGCAAUAUGUCAUUGGCGACCUGCUCAAGGAGCCAACCAUAGAGCAGAUCAAGGCCCAAAGACGCCGCCGAUCCAAGGGUUUCAUCGAGCGGCCUAGCGUCACACAGCGCCAGUUGCCCUUCAAGGAGAUCUUCUCGCUGUUCAAGGACAUCACUUCCGGUCUUGCUUACCUCCACACCGCCAACUACAUUCACAGGGAUCUCAAACCCAGCAACUGUCUUUUGCAUCGCGAGGGUGGUCGUACUAGCUGUCUCAUCAGUGAUUUCGGCGAGGUUCAGCCCGAAAAUGCCGUCCGCGUGUCAACCGGGUCGACUGGCACCAUCUCUUACUGUGCUCCCGAGGUGUUGAUCAAGGACGCAAGCGGCAAGUACGGUAACUUUACGACAAAAUCGGAUAUCUUCUCGCUCGGAAUGAUUCUCUAUUUUAUGUGUUUCGGGCGGUUGCCAUAUGCCAAUGCUAAUUCGCUCCACGAGGAGCUGGAGGAUAUUGAUUUACUGCGCAGUGAGAUCACGGACUGGAAGGGUUUUGAAGAUGAACGACGCGAGCGCCCCGACCUUCCCGCAAAGUUAUACCAGCUGCUUAAGCGGCUUCUUGCUAUCAACCCAGCCGAGCGUCCGAGUGCAAAUGAGGUUUUGAGUGCCAUGAAGAAUGAGUCAAGCUUAGACGGGUUGGGAGGGAAUUCUACGGGUUCUGUCCCAUCGAUUGGCCUAGCCGGGCGGCGGAUACAGGAUCUAGAUUCUCCCAUGCCUCCCAGCACGCCUAUGCCAGACCACAGACAUGCCAAAGUUUCUUCAUCUCCAGACGAGGAUCUUCCCUCGUCAGUUGAUGGUUACCCGCCAGUAUCCGAUACCCGCCAAAAGGGCGCAUCCGAUAUGCUUGAACUUGGCCCAGUUUCUAGGAACGGCAGCGUCGUCGCCCCGCACCCAUCUCCACCAGCCAUCACAACCCCGUUGCUCAUGCCACCACCUAGCACCCGGCUUGAGCAGAUGAGGCACUGCGCAGUGCUAACACGGUAUCACGCUGGGAUGUGGCUGGACGCAAAUGGACUUUCCCUUGGAGUGCUGCUUAGGCUUGCCUUUUUGGCCAUCAAAAUCUUUUCGCUGUCAUGGAUUUGCUGGCCGUACGCUUCUAAUCUCAGCAUUCUGACAUCGGUUUUUGCCCUGGCGAUUCUGGACCUGCUGCACCCAGUUGGGAGGCCGGAGCCAAGAAGAGGAAGCAAUGUCAUGCUUGGGGUACCUCCUCCCGGGAGUAGGCGAGGAAGCAGCUACGAGCAAGCGAACAACCAGAAUAGCCAGUUGCAUGACCAUAACGGGCACAUGGUUAGGGCCUCUCCUGACAUUGCUCCUAUCUACGACAACGAACAGUACAGGAGAGCGGGGACGGUGGUAGGUUGGAAAACAAGUGUUUCCCUGUUGUUGUUACAUUUCGCCAUUCUCUGGGUCACAAAUCACAUGGGCUUGCUCUGUGCCGUUGGGAGAUGGUCCCACUGGCCACCUCCUGAUUUGCCACACGAUGAGAUUGUUUGAUGGCCACAACCACUUCUGGGGUUAUCUAUCGGCUUGCUAUUAUGGAGCAUUCUGUGUCACAGCAUGGUAAGAAAUACUCCGGCGUUAGGGGAAAGGGUCACACGAAUGGGUUGGGGUCAAACUGCAACAGGAAAAUAGACAGUUUGCUUGAGUUCGGAUGCUCAAGCAGCAGAGGGAGUUCUACCAGUCAAGUCAAACUAUGGUGGCCCGGCAAGUAUUCCUGCAUGCAUUUUUUUUGGUAUUUCAAAAUGGUAUAUACUCAGUACGAAGAAGAAUUAUUUACAAGGUGCUGUCCCGUCUCCAUCGCAAAAAGCGAUUUGACACGUGUACAGCGUUUUGAAGACCGAGACCUACUGGUCUUCAAAAAGAAGAGAAUUACCCUGCCACCAACAUCCGUCCCACAUAUACAACUUCCGUUCCUUCUUAACGGCAUUACCUCAUACCAAACAUCCAGCUCCAUUCAGCCCUCGACACCCCCCUUUUAGCACCCAGAAGUCUUCAGCGCCGCAACAGCACAAGCAGUUCCGCUCGGUCCACUACCAAUCUUCUUGGGCUCCUUGCUGUUGUUGCUGGUUCCCUCAUACAGCCAGCAGACGCUCGAGUCCUUGAUGCACGAGUUCUUGAUGGUCGUCUUGUCGCCAUAGUUGGCGUUCACGCCGGCGACCACCUUGGCGCCCUCGACAUGGACAUUGGUAAACGUCGACGACCGCUGGUGCUGCGUCUUGCAGUUGCCGCACGAGCGGUACAGCUUGCCAAUGUCGGUGGCGUAGAAAUUCUUGACGGCCACGGUGCCGCCGCCGUUGUGCUGCAGGACCUUGUCGCUCGCGUGACGCGCGCCGCCGCCGUUGACGUAGGAGGUACCGGAGGUUUGCUUGAAUGUCGCGGCGUCUUCGCAGACGUCUGUCCACCAGCUGUUUUUUUUUUGGGGUGUCAGUACUCUGGAGAGGGAGAGGAGGGGGAGGGAGGGGAUGGGUGAAAGAAAAGGAGG